UGUCGGACAUGCAAUGAGUUUGCAUAUGUGUGCGAGAGUGAGCAAUAUAUAUGUGUGCAUAUGUGUAUAUUGAUGGCGACAACGAAAAUAAUAAAUAAAUAAAUGCAUAUAUAUUGUGUGUGCAUGUGUGUGCUGCUGAUAGAUGAUGCACAAAGAUGACAUAUUAAUCAACACGUUUGCACGCAAAACACCAGCCGCCACCAACAACACAGCCGAGCGUAGCAACGAAAAAAGAAAGAAGAAAAAAGAGAGGAGAACACACACACGUUUUGCAAGCAUUGGAGGCGGCGUCAGCCAGGUGCAAAUAAAGCGCCCACAACGACAACAGCAACAGCGGCAGCAGCAAGAUUAACAGCCACAACAACAACAGCAGCUAUAACAACAACAACAACAACGAGUAACGCCAACAACGACAAAAGCAAACCGGAAAUAGCAAAUAAUUGAAUAUUCAAAGUACGUGCAGCAGCAACAGCGACAACAACGACAGCAACGACAAUAACAGUAAAUUGGCCGUGUUGGAGGGAGAGGCAUAAAGACCGCAACCGAGGAUGGCAACUGGCAGCAAUGACAUGCCAGACCAUCGCAAGCGCAACACCUUCACCAGCUACGUGGCUCCGAUGGUCGGCGAUCUGCGGGUCACCGCGGACACCAACGAAUGGUGCCUGCCCAGCGAUCUGCGCGACGUGCAUCUGGCCAAGCCGCGCCUGCUCUCCGGCGAGCAGAUCGUCGCCUCCGCGCCCGCCUACAUGUACUCACCCAUAGCGCCCAUGGAGAGCAGCAGCAGCAACAGCAGUCCGAACAUUACGAACAACAGCAGCAACACGACAAGUCAAAGCAAUGGCAACAAUGGCAGCGCCAACAGAUUGUCCUCGAGCCACAAGGAGGCCAGCUUUGGCCUGCUGAGCGUGACCAACUUUAAGCUGGCCUUUGUGCCGUUGCAUGCCCGCAAUCUGCUCCCCGCCUCUGCCUCGACAUCCGCUGCCGCAGCUGCCUCCUCGUCGGAUCUGUAUCAGGAGAACACGUUUUUGGGCCGCAAUGAGGUGACGCUCAACAACAUCGAUCAGCUGUACACGAUUGCGGAGCAGGGACGUGCCGCCAGCGCUCUGCAAGCGGCACGCAUGGCCAGCAACAGUGGGAGACGCAAGAAACUGGAGCCCGCCAAGCAGCAGCACAUCAACGGACGGAUCGUGGCCCUGCACAUCAUCUGCAAGAACUUUCGCCUGCUCAAGUUCGCGUUCCAGCAGCAGGACUCCAAGCUGAGUGACUACGGCAAACUGAUUGCCUCCGCCUUGGCCCGCUUCGCCUUCCCCAUGCGCCACGAUCUGAGCUUCGCGUAUGCGUAUCGUGAACCCUACUAUGCCACGCCCAUACCGGGCGUCAGCAUGUAUGCGAGCAAGAACGAUUGGGCCCGUGAGCUGAUACGUUGUGGCGCCACCGAGUGGCAAGUGGUGAGCGCCAGCGCAGUGCCGCAGCUGCAGAAUCGUCUCCAGGCAUGCAAAUACACGUUGCCGCCGCACUUUGUCAUCCCCAAGGGCUGCGAGGUGGAGCGUUUCCUGCAGCUAUCGCUUGCGUUUUGCGAUUCACGUGCCGCCUUCUGGGUGUACAGCUAUGGCAGCGGAGGCGCCUCGCUGGUGCGUCUCGCCGAGCUGCAGCCGGCCUCGCAGCAGGACAAUAAACUGGAGAACAUUAUGCUCGAGCUGGUGCGCAAGUGUGAUGAGCGGCGGCAACUGAAGCUUUUGCAGUUGACGGAUCAGCUGCCGAGCAUCCAAGAUGUGCAGCGAGCGUAUCAGAAGUUGAGGCGUCUCUGCACACCUGAGACGCCGGAGAAGUUCAUGCUGCAGGAUGACAAGUAUCUGGGGCUGCUGGAGAAGACCAAUUGGCUGCUGUAUGUGUCGCUGUGUCUGCGGCAUGCAAGCGAAGCUGCUGCCACGUUGCGUGCCUCGAUCACCUGUGUGCUCCAAGAGUCGAAUGGCCGUGAUCUCUGCUGUGUGAUUAGCAGUCUAACGCAGCUGCUGCUUGAUCCCCACUUUCGGAGCAUCGAUGGCUUUCAGUCGCUGGUGCAAAAGGAGUGGAUUGCCCUCGAGCAUCCGUUCCAGCGGCGUCUCGGUCAUGUGUGUGUGGCCAGCGGGGAACAGGCGCCGGACAGCGAACAGAGUCCGGUCUUUUUGCUCUUCCUCGACUGCGUGUGGCAGCUGUUGCAGCAGUUCCCCGAUGAGUUCGAGUUCUCGCAAACGUAUCUGACCACACUGUGGGACGCCUGCUUUAUGCCCAUCUUCGACAGCUUUCAGUUCGACAGUCAGGCGCAGCGUGCGGCGGCUGUCAACGAGGCGAGACUUGUGCUCCGUCCCGUCUGGGAUUGGGGCGAACAGUUCUCGGACAAGGAUAAGCUCUUCUUCAGCAAUCCGCUGUAUCAGCGACAGCGUGGUGAAAUCACCGCUGCCCAGCAGCAUCAUCGACGCUCUCUAGCUGUCGGAGGCGGAGCCGGAGGACACAACAACAGUAGAUUGCUAGGAACAGGAGCGGGCGCAUCGCCCUCACGUUACACCAUCAAUCCGCAGCUGUUUGCAACGCAGUCGAGUGUGCCCCAGGAUCGUUAUCUGCAGCCGGCGCAUCGCAUCCUCGAUCUGGCCGUGUGGGAACAGUGCUACUAUCGUUGGCUCCCUGUGCUCGAUAUACGCGGCGGUGGUCAGCCGCAGGUGGAUCUCUUUCAUCGCCUGCUAUUGAGCAACAUUGCCAAGCUGCAGCGUUCGAUUGAGCUGCAGAGUUUCGACGAGUUGCCCGAUGCCUAUUACGAUUCCCAGGGCGAGACGCGUCAGCAGCAGCAACAGCGUCAGGAGGAGGAUCAACCUGUGGAGUAUGUGGAUGGCGUGGAGCGACGUCGCAAGUCGAAUCCCGCCACGGCGGCAGCGAAUGGACUGCAGCAGGUGGUCAAUGGCGGUGGCGGUGCAUUGCAGCUAUCGACGCUCUCUUCAUUCUUUCCAUUCGGCAAUCCCAUUGCCGGCGAUGCGCCCCACGAGCUCUACGACAUUCUGAGCAGCAGCAGUGAGCUGCUGUUGGACACCUCUUCCAUGUUGGACAAGUCCUCGAUUGUCUGAUUUUUGUCUCUACUCUACUCGUUACUCGUCACUCGCCAUUCGCCACUCGUUGCUACUCGUUUCGUGUGUGUGUGUGUGCGUGGCGAGUUCUCGUUUCAUUUGUCAAAAGCUGAACUUUAGAAGUAUUACAAAUUUACUUUUUUUUUAUAUAUACAUACUAUAUAUAUAUUUUGUAUAUGGAUAUGUUGUAUAUUUUGGGCAUAUCACGUUUAACAACUUUUUAUUAUUUGUUUAACUAAUAGGCAAGUUUAUCGCAUAAGACUUUAUAUAUUUUUUUUUCGUCUGUUGUUUUCUAUAUGUAUGUAACUACUAUACCUAUAUUUUUCCAUGAAUUAAUGAAACUAUUACAACAGCAACGACGGUAAAAAUGUUAUGUGCAUUACAUUACAUUAGCUUUUGUAAAACAAAAAGCAGCAACAACAACACCAGCUAAAUCAACAUGUAUUAUAUUAUAUGUAAUAUUUAAUAAUAAAAACACACAUUGUAAAAAA